AUGUCGGAGCAGCCGAUUGAUCACCGAACGAUGUCCCCGCAAAAUACAUUGACAUGUACCACCUCACUCGUGGCAACCACAACAACGCCUUCCCAGCCAACCUCCUGCGCAUUCUUCGACAAGCUGCCAGCCGAGCUACGCCUCGACGUCUACGAGCUCACCUUUGCUCAACACGAUGAUAAGGAGGUGGAGCUCAUCACUUCGAGUCCGCCAUCCGCCUCACUACUCCUAGCAUGUCGCAAGACGUACCACGAGGCUCGCGCAACCUACCAGCAAGCACGCCGCCGGUACUGGAAGGAGACGAAGUUCUCCAUCCAAGUCACGGAUCCUCGGCUCCCAUUGGCACUUCAUGCAGCGCUGCCACGGCUAAAGAGACAAGGCCUGGAGCACAUACGUCAUCUGCGCAUUCGUUUCUGCCACCCAACCUUCGCCGGUAUUUACGACCAGUACGAGCUUGUAACUGUUCGAGGUGUUUGGCGGCGGGUUGUCGUCCGUCCUGGACUAUGGUCAUCAACGUGCGCCUGUAUCGAUCGUUUUCGCAGCCUCAAGAUCUGGGACACGGAGGAGGAAGCGCAUGAGAGUCUUGUCAGACACGGAGAACGCUUGGGCAUCAAGGCACAGAUCCUGUACGUGAUCGAGAGGUGUUGA